CCUUUUGUUUUGAGCAGUUAGAUUCGCUCCCGUGACGAGAGGAUAAAGACGCACGCAUUCCGCACUCUUCCAGAAAAGAACAUUUGUUACGUAAAGAUGCAGAUCUUUGUGAAGACGCUGACUGGCAAGACCAUCACCCUCGAGGUUGAGCCCAGCGACACCAUUGAGAAUGUGAAAGCUAAAAUCCAAGACAAGGAAGGCAUCCCUCCUGAUCAGCAGCGUCUGAUCUUCGCUGGCAAGCAGUUGGAAGAUGGACGCACGCUGUCUGAUUACAACAUCCAGAAGGAAUCCACCCUCCAUCUUGUCCUGCGUCUGAGAGGUGGUAUGCAGAUCUUCGUCAAGACCCUGACUGGCAAGACCAUCACCCUCGAGGUUGAGCCCAGCGACACCAUUGAGAACGUCAAAGCUAAAAUCCAAGACAAGGAAGGCAUUCCUCCUGACCAGCAGCGUCUGAUCUUUGCCGGCAAGCAGCUGGAAGAUGGACGCACUCUGUCUGACUACAACAUCCAGAAGGAGUCCACCCUCCACCUGGUGCUCCGUCUGAGAGGUGGUAUGCAGAUCUUUGUGAAGACCUUGACUGGUAAAACCAUCACUCUUGAGGUGGAACCAAGUGACACCAUUGAGAACGUCAAGGCCAAGAUCCAAGAUAAGGAAGGCAUUCCUCCUGACCAGCAGCGUUUGAUCUUCGCCGGCAAACAGUUGGAAGAUGGACGCACUCUGUCCGACUACAACAUCCAGAAAGAGUCCACACUCCAUCUUGUCCUGCGUCUGAGAGGUGGUAUGCAGAUCUUUGUCAAGACGCUAACUGGAAAAACAAUCACUUUGGAAGUUGAGCCCAGUGACACCAUUGAGAACGUGAAGGCCAAGAUCCAAGAUAAGGAAGGCAUUCCUCCUGACCAGCAGCGUCUGAUCUUCGCUGGCAAGCAGCUGGAGGAUGGACGCACCCUGUCCGACUACAACAUCCAGAAGGAGUCCACCCUCCAUCUCGUCCUGCGUCUGAGAGGUGGUAUGCAGAUCUUUGUGAAGACCCUGACUGGCAAGACCAUCACCCUUGAGGUUGAGCCCAGCGACACCAUUGAGAACGUCAAAGCUAAAAUCCAAGACAAGGAAGGCAUUCCUCCUGACCAGCAGCGUCUGAUCUUCGCUGGCAAGCAGCUGGAGGAUGGACGCACGCUGUCUGAUUACAACAUCCAGAAGGAAUCCACCCUCCACCUGGUGCUCCGUCUGAGAGGUGGUAUGCAGAUCUUUGUGAAGACCUUGACUGGCAAGACCAUCACCCUUGAGGUUGAGCCCAGCGACACCAUUGAGAACGUGAAGGCCAAGAUCCAGGACAAGGAAGGCAUUCCUCCUGAUCAGCAGCGUCUGAUCUUCGCUGGCAAGCAGCUGGAAGAUGGACGCACGCUGUCCGACUACAACAUCCAGAAGGAGUCCACCCUGCAUCUCGUCCUGCGUCUUCGUGGGGGCAAUUAAUCCGCUCAUGAUGUUUACUAUGUAGGUCUUGAAAGUGAUCAGACCAAUUCCAGUAUCCUUUGUUCCCUCUUAAUCCUUCAAUAAAGUUCUGGCAUUCCUGA